AUGUUUAAAUAAAGGAGAUAUUUUUGUCAAUCCAUAACUUUUUACUAAAGAGAAUAGUAUCUAAAUAAAGUGAUGAAGGAUUGUGAAGAUUGCUUUAAGUAAUUGGAUCAACAUGGCAAAUCAAUUAAGAGAGAGACUAAAGAUAUGUUCAUUAAAUUCACUUAAGGAAAGGUAGAAUAGAUGAAUCAUAUCAUUUAGUUGUAAGAGCAGAAGAAACUCUUGGAAACUGACUCAGUUGGAGUGUUUUCAAUGGUUUUGGAUAUCGUAGAGAACCUUAUUCACGAUAAGCCAUUGAUGACUUAUAUUCUGACAACAAUUGAGGCGAUCAUAUCAGGUAUGAAUCACAAUAAACCGAAUAGACAAUUAGAGAUUAUUGAAAUAAUUUAUGAGAGCAUUGACUCCUUAAAUAUUGCCUAAGUUAAAGCAAUUUUUAUUCUUGGAAGGAUAUGACCCAAUGGCGUAUGAGGCAGCUGCCAAGAUUGCUACUAUGAUAAUAGCUGAAGAGGGAGGAAAUGAUGCAAAGGAAUGGGUGAUUCUCUUUUUGGGAGGAAUAGGUAAUAUGAUGUAAUACAACCUUUAUAGGCAAUAAAUUAAAAAUUGCAGAUUUCAUGAUCAUGCCAAUUUGUGUUCAUUUCUUAAAACAUGAAACUCUUGCAAUUUAAUUUAUUAAGAGUGGUGGAAUUAGAAUGUAUUUAUGUUUGUUCAUCUAGAAUUACUAAUUUACUUUCAAAAUAUUCUACAGAUUUAUAGAUUGCAUAUUAUACAAUUCUAGCAUUAUGGUUGCUCAGCUUUACAACUGAAUCUAUUUCACUAUUUAGUGAUCCCACAAUUGGCUUGAUUAAAUUGAUAAUAGAAUCAGUCUAAAAGAUAUCAAGAGAGAAGAUUUUAAGAGUUUCAUUUGCAUGUUUUAGGAAUUUAGUUGAUGCAUCACCUUAAUGUAUUGAAUUGAUGGUUGAUAAUGGAUUGAUCAAAGUAGUUGAUUUACUUUUGAAGGGAAAUCUAAAAGAUUAAGAUUUGAUAGAUGAUAUCAAGUAUGUUGGAGAAAUUUUGGAGAAGAAUAUGAAAAUAUUAACGUAAUUGAAUUUAAUUCACAAAUAGUUCCUUUGAGAAAUAUGUUAAAGAAUUGAAUGCUUAAAAUUUAACAUGGAGUCCAGUUCAUACUGAAAAGUUUUGGAAGGAAAAUGUGAAAAAAUUCGAAGAAAAUGAUUUCUUAUUGAUUAGGUAUUAUUUCAAUUUUGAAUUAGAAAAUUGGCAGAAUUAUUAAAAUCAAACAACAAUUAAAAUGUUGCAGUUGCUUGUUAUGAUUUGGGAGAGUUUUGUAGAUUUCAUCCUUUUGGAAAAGUGUAUAUAAAUUAUGUAAGUUUAGAGUGUUAGAGCAAUUGAAUGCAAAACAAGAGAUUAUGAGAUAGGCUAGAAAUGAUGACUAAUAGAUUAGAGAAAAUGCUUUAUUAUCAUUAUAAAAGAUUAUGUUGCAUAAUUGGUAAGUGUGAAGAAGGA